AUGAUGCUCAAUAUCGAUCCGCAAAUGAUCAAAAGUGAGUUAAUAUCAAAAAAGAAAUCUCCUAAUCCAUUUAUUCGUUUAGGCAAGCAUAUUGCUGAAUUAUUGAUUAAUGAUCAAGGUAAAUGGCAACAAAUGAAAGAAAACCUUCGUGAAACACGAAUAAAACACUAUAAAUUGAAAACAAAAGUACUUGAUGAAUUACAUGCCGUUGGUUUGCGUAUAUCGAAACGUUCAAAAAAAAUAAAAAAAGUUGUUCACGAAAAGAAAGAAAAAAUUCGACUUGAUUAUAAUAAUUCGGAUGAAUAUUAUUAUGAUGAAACAAUCGAUGAUUAUUUCUACUCAAAAUUCAAUGAAAGUCGAUGA